AUGCGGGGACGUGGGAACUGUCGGCACUGCGAGUGGGACCGUGCACCUGCAGCCAUGCCGAGAGCUGUCACCCAGCCCUCGGGGAAGUUAGGCACGGCCGGGAUCUAUCAAGGAGCCAAUGGACUGACCAACGCGGCCGGAUUCGGAAGUGUGCACCAGGACUAUCCUCCCUACCCCGGCUUCCCCCAGAGCCAGUAUUCCCAGUAUUACAGCUCGUCCUACAGCCCUCCAUACGUCCCUGCCAGCAGCAUCUGCCCGUCCCCCCUCUCCACGUCCACCUACGUCCUCCAGGAGGCAUCUCACAACGUCCCCAACCAGAGUUCUGAGUCGCUUGCCGGUGAAUAUAGCACACACAAUGGACCUUCCACACCGGCCAAAGAGGGAGACACAGACCGGCCGCACCGGGCCUCCGACGGGAAGCUCCGAGGCCGGUCUAAGCGGAGCAGUGACCCCUCCCCAGCAGGGGACAGCGAGAUCGAGCGCGUGUUCGUGUGGGACCUGGAUGAGACAAUAAUUAUCUUUCACUCCUUGCUCACGGGGACUUUUGCAUCCAGAUACGGGAAGGACACCACGACGUCCGUGCGUAUCGGCCUGAUGAUGGAGGAGAUGAUCUUCAACCUCGCAGAUACGCAUCUGUUCUUCAAUGACCUGGAGGAUUGUGACCAGAUCCAUGUCGACGAUGUCUCAUCUGAUGACAAUGGGCAAGAUUUAAGCACGUACAACUUCUCCGCUGAUGGCUUCCACAGUUCGGCCCCGGGAGCCAACCUGUGCCUGGGCUCCGGCGUCCACGGCGGCGUGGACUGGAUGAGGAAGCUGGCCUUCCGCUACCGGCGGGUGAAGGAGAUGUACAACACCUACAAGAACAACGUGGGUGGCUUGAUAGGGGCUCCCAAAAGAGAGACCUGGCUACAGCUCAGAGCUGAGCUGGAAGCUCUGACCGACCUCUGGCUGACCCACUCUCUGAAGGCACUAAACCUCAUCAAUUCCAGGCCCAAUUGUGUCAACGUGCUGGUCACCACCACUCAACUAAUUCCUGCUCUGGCCAAAGUCCUGCUGUACGGACUGGGCUCUGUGUUUCCUAUUGAGAACAUCUACAGUGCAACCAAGACAGGGAAGGAGAGCUGCUUCGAAAGGAUAAUGCAGAGAUUCGGCAGAAAAGCCGUCUACAUCGUGAUUGGCGAUGGCGUCGAAGAGGAGCAGGGAGCGAAAAAGCACAACAUGCCUUUCUGGCGGAUAUCCUGCCACGCUGACCUGGAGGCGCUGAGGCACGCCCUGGAGCUGGAGUAUUUAUAGCAGAAGCCGUGACAUCGCCACCUGCCAUCACGGCGGCAUCCCACCCACCCAGGCCCCUCGCCUUCCCCGCGCCCCGCCAGAUGCUGGACACUGGGCCGGGUCCCUGCAGCCGAGAGGACGUGUCCCGUGACCAUCUCAGAAGCCGUCCUUUCAGUCCACACGCGGGUCCGGAGACGCAGAGUACCCACCCGUGGCUUUGGGAUAUUUAACUUUGGGGAAAAGGGCUGGCUCAGAGUCCAGACUUUUCUACAAGACUCACAGAACAAAAGCAAGGAAUUGCUGAUUUGGGGGAGGGCAGGUGAUGAGGAGGGGACAGGCUCUUUUUUGUUUUCGUUUUAAUUUAUGGACUAAUCUCAUCGCUCCGUAUUAGGCUCUCGUAUCUGUGUCGCUGGUUUUCUUAGUCGUUGGUUUGGUUUGGUUUUUUAAACUGGCAUGUGGGGUGGCGCACAGUUCUAAUUUAAGCACUCUCUGCUCCAAGUUGUGCUUUGGGGGGACAAUCAUUCUUUGGACAUUAGUGAGGGAGGCAAUUCGGGGCUGUCGGGAAGACUGUUGCUCAUUUUUGUUUUUAAGGACCUAACCUGACGUCGUGUGGACAGUGCACGUGCCUUAUGCUGCCAUCUUGUUUUCUAGGAAGAGGGGACCCUGGGGAGGAGGCGGUACUUUGUGAUGGAAAAAAGGCAUUAAAUAAAACCACGUUUACAUUUUGAAAUGGG